AGCUGCUGUCAGCCUGCCAUGAGCUGCGUUGCCGCUAUGGCUGCGUCAUGACGAGAAAUGGAACCUUCUGUUUCUGCGCUGACGGCUUUGAGGUCGGCGAGGACGGUACAAGCUGCAGAGGUAGGCAUCGUUAACGCUGUCGGGUGGGACUCCAGCCCGGGCAGCGGGCUGCCUCUCUCCUCUCUCUCUCGUCUCUUCUCUUCUCUUUCCCUCUCUCUCUCUCUCUCUCUCUCUCUCUCCUCUCCUGUGUCCUUCACCCUAGGCCAAACUUAUCAAAUUAACUGAAUAGGCAGGAGGCCUGUUGGAAAUUAGAACCAUCUGUCUGGAGGCAGGGUUGUUCUCCCCUGACCCCGUCAAUAGCAGCCAAGUCCAGUCUGACAGCUGCUGGGACAUACUGUGACAUGAGACUUCUAUCAAAGGUCAGGGGUUAGAGGGAUCUUUGGUGGGGUUUAGACUCAGUUCUGUACCCAAGGUAUGGUUCAAAUUAUGUACAGUAACUCUGCUUCAUAACAUACAGUAAAAUACAUAACAGUACACUACAAUAAAGCACCAUGAUUAUUUUCACACUACAGGAUCCAAUGACUUUCCAACGUAGGUUACUUGGUUGUGUGGUAAUCAUUUCUAAGGUGGUACAGUGAGGGCCACAUUAAGUAUGCUUUAUGUAUUUGGGUCAUGUUUGAGCAAACCUAAUUUGUUACAAAUGGUUCCCCCACUCUCCCCAGAUCAUGAUGAAUGUGCUGUGUACGGAGCAUGUAGCCAAACCUGCCUUAACACCUACGGGUCAUAUAGAUGCAGCUGUACAGAAGGAUACAUCCUACAUAAUGACAGAACGUCCUGCACAGCCAAACAAGGUGAGACUAACAACACUGUAUUAUAAAACAACAUAAUCUGCAUAUAUGCCAUAUAGUCUUUAUUUCUAUGAAUAACUUAGAAGAUAGAAGGUACAAUGUUCUAUGUUCAACCAUCCUGGAGGCUUGGGUAUAGGAAUAGGCCUAGUUCCUCUUAACCUUGUUUUUCAGUGUUGGGUAGCUUCAGUAUAGGAACGAUUAAUUUGUUCCACCACUGACCACAUCUAUCUUCCACCAGGGAAUGGGAAUGCGGUAGUAGACAUGGGCAGGUUAGGAUAAUGACGGAAUUAAUGAUCCCGAGAUUUUAACUGGGAGCCAUCUCAACACCCUGGGAGUGUUUUGUGGUGAGACAAUACCCGGGGUUGCCUUGAUUUAUGUUAUGGUCCGAUAGCUGGCAACAUGUUGUUGCUGGAGAAUAAAAUAACUCACUUUAUUUGUUUGGUGUAAUACAAUAUGCAGUAGUGUUCCAGUCUACACAGACAAACAUUUAUCCUUGUGCCAUGUACUGUCUUUCUGUAUCGUCCAUUGUAAUGUAUGAGACAUUUUUAGGCUGUGGUGAUGAUACAUACUCUACUGUGUGAAAAUAGCCUAAAGCAAAGCAGCACACCUAGCUAGGGAGAGUCACACUGUUGCGGCUUUUAAUCAAUGUGACUGGUUUCCUACCAGGAAUAAACUGAAUAUGAUUACCCAUAAACUUAACUGAACCCAAUGCUCACACACGUUAAUAUUAAUUUAGCAGAGAAAGAUUUCAGUCCAGGGUUAACUAUGGGGUUACCGUUAGUUGUAAAAGCUCAUGAAUAUAAAUGUCAGGAGCAUAUUCUCUCAGAGGCCAUGAGAUGGUAAGCAGUAGAGGAUAAAAAACCCAUUAAGACAGGGUUCCCCAACUGGCGGCCCGUGGGUUUUAGUUGGCCCCCCAAGUUUUCUGAGCAAAAAAUAAAUAUAUAUUUUAAAAUAUAUAAACAUUAAAACACCAGGAAAUCAGCUCCAAGUGGUUUUAAUUUUGGAAAUAUUUUCCCAAGUAUUCCCAUGCAUAAUAGAGACUUGAUCAUAUACAAAUGUAAGCAAGGUUUGAAAUUAUUAUGUUUUAGUCAAAUAUAUCUGUUUGGGCUUCUUUUGGUCAAUCUGCAGUCUACAAAUUAUUUGUAAUUAUGUUCCGGCCCCCCAAACAUCCACUCAAGAAAGAAUCGGCCUGCGGCUGAAUCUAGUUAAUGAUCCCUAGUUCAAGUUUUUUAAAUAUACAGCAGAAACUAGUUUUUUCUUCUUCCACAUUUGAAUCAUUCAGUUUUCAUCAGAAUGUUACAAGGUUAUGAUUAUAUAAUACAAUACUUUCCCCUUGCACUCUCCAAAAACCACCAGGUCCAACAUUCUGUGACAUUUUCCAUUGACCUGAUUACAUUUUCAUGAAUCAAAAACAUAUUCCUGUCUCUCUCAAACUCUUUUAGGUAAUUGCAAUUUUAGAAAUUAUGUUGAUGGUACAGUGAGGGAAAAAAGUAUUUGAUCCCCUGCUGAUUUUGUACGUUUGCCCACUGACAAAGACAUGAUCAGUCUAUAAUUUUAAUGGUAGGUUUAUUUGAACAGUGAGAGACAGAAUAACAACAACAAAAUCCAGAAAAAUGCAUGUCAAAAAUGUUAUAAAUUGAUUCGCAUUUUAAUGAGGGAAAUAAGUAUUUGACCCCUCUGCAAAACAUGACUUAGUACGUGGUGGCAAAACCCUUGUUGGCAAUCACAGAGAUCAGACGUUUCUUGUAGUUGGCCACCAGGUUUGCACACAUCUCAGGAGGGAUUUUGUCCCACUCCUCUUUGCAGAUCUUCUCCAAGUCAUUAAGGUUUUGAGGCUGUCGUUUGGCAACUCGAACCUUCAGCUCCCUCCACAGAUUUUCUAUGGAAUUAAGGUCUGGAGACUGGCUAGGCCAAUCCAGGAUCUUAAUGUGCUUCUUCUUGAGCCACUCCUUAGUUGCCUUGGCCGUGUGUUUUGGGUCAUUGUCAUGCUGGAAUACCCAUCCACGACCCAUUUUCAAUGCCCUGGGUGAGGGAAGGAGGUUCUCACCCAAGAUUUGACGGUACAUGGCGCCGUCCAUCGUCCCUUUGAUGCGGUGAAGUUGUCCUGUCCCCUUAGCAGAAAAACACCCCCAAAGCAUAAUGUUUCCACCUCCAUGUUUGACGGUGGGGGUGGUGUUCUUGGGGUCAUAGGCAGCAUUCCUCCUCCUCCAAACACGGCGAGUUGAGGCCAAAGAGCUCGAUUUUGGUCUCAUCUGACCACAACACUGUCACCCAGUUCUCCUCUGAAUCAUUCAGAUGUACAUUGGCAAACUUCAGACGUGCCUGUAUAUGUGCUUUCUUGAGCAGGGGGACCUUGCGGGCGCUGCAGGAUUUCAGUCCUUCACGGCGUAGUGUGUUACCAAUUGUUUUCUUGGUGACUAUGGUCCCAGCUGCCUUGAGAUCAUUGACAAGAUCCUCCCGUGUAGUUCUGGGCAGAUUCCUCACCGUUCUCAUGAUCAUUGCAACUCCACGAGGUGAGAUCUUGCAUGGAGCCCCAGGCCGAGGGAGAUUGACAGUUAUUUUGUGUUUCUUCCAUUCUUCCGAAUAAUCGCACCAACUGUUGUCACCUUCUCACCAAGCUGCUUGGCGAUGGUCUUGUAGCCCAUUCCAGCCUUGUGUAGGUCUACAAUCUUGUCCCUGACAUCCUUGGAGAGCUCUUUUGUCUUGGCCAUGGUGGAGAGUUUGGAAUCUGAUUGAUUGAUUGCUUCUGUGGACAGGUGUCUAUUAUACAGGUAACAAGCUGAGAUUAGGAGCACUCCCUUUAAGAGUGUGCUCCUAAUCUCAGCUCGUUACCUGUAUAAAAGACACCUGGGAGGCAGAAAUCUUUCUGAUUGAGAGGGGGUCAAAUACUUAUUUCCCUCAUUAAAAUGCAAAUCAAUUUAUAACAUUUUUGACAUGCGUUUUUCUGGAUUUUUUUGUGGUUAUUCUGUCUCUCACUGUUCAAAUACACCUACCAUUAAAAUUAUAGACUGAUCAUUUCUUUGUCAGUGGGCAAACGUACAAAAUCAACAGGGGAUCAAAUACUUUUUUCCCUCACUGUAGAUGGCGAUGUUUUUCAUGCAGGACUUGUUUGAUACUUGUUGUACAGUAUAGAAAUGUAGAGUUCGUAUUUUGUUGAAUGAAAGCAACAGUUUUGCAUUUAAGAGAACAAUGUCUUUAUCAGAGAGCUUGACUGUGCCACAAAUGGCACCCUAUUCUCAUAUGGGCCCUGGUCAAAAGUAGCGCGUUACAUAGGGAAUAGAGCGCCAUUCUGGAUGCAGACAAUGUGCUUCCAUGAGAGAACCAAAGCCCCAUCCAUGCUACAGUGGUAUCUCACGGAGUUAUAGUCAGCUCCUAAAGGUUGGCUUAGAGGGAUCAGGGUAAAGAUAAGUGUUUUUCACAGUGGACACACUGAUGUAUUGCCCAUAUUAGGAGAGCCAGCCCUGACUUGAACUUGUGUGGGGGAUCGGGAUAAAGCAGGGCUUUUUGGGGUGAGCUCAGUGGCAGAGAAAGUACAUGGUCAAUUAGGCCUCAGACGUGGGUUGUGUUAGCUUAGCAGUCACUAGGUUAAAUCUCCCUUCUGACGCAAAGCUGACGAAAGAGAAUGGACUGUGGAACAACAAUUUUUGUUCAUCAUCCUCCACUUUUCCUUGGAAAACAAAGUUUGUUUCAUGUAAAAAUGUAAUUUAGAUAUACUUUCCCAGCUCAUCUACGAUAAUGAUGGACAGAUGGGUGUAUUGGGUGGAGGAGGAGAUAACAGCUGUAGAGAACAUUGUAAUUGCAUUUUUUUUAUUGAAUCUUAUGUAGCUUUGAUGUGUUGCUGGUUCUUUAAGGAUAUUGUUCUGUUCAGUUAUAAAUUACAGAAAUUAACUGAAGAAAAUCCAUGUUUUGUUUAAUAUAUCUUCCACAUUGGAGUCCUCCUGGGUUGAUACAGGCCUUUUACAUUCUAUGUGAAGAAUUUCCACCAUGUUGUUUUUUUCCCCCACUAUUUCUUCUUUUUGUGUUCCAGACCCUGGCGACAGUCCUCCAGCUCUGCUGAUUGGAAGGUCAGAUCACAUAGCAACCACAAGACUAAACGGAUCUAAUCUACAGACUUUGAGACUGUUGGAUAAACAUGGAUCCCUUUCAUUGGAUUACUAUUACCAGGAAGAGGAAGUGUGUUGGCUUAUAUCCUCAGACUCCACUGGAAGGCUACGCUGUGCUAAGAUGAAGAAUAUGAAUGGAUUUACAAUGGAAAAGGAUAUCAAAACAGUACAAAGUUUACAAAGUACGUCUUGCAGUGUGUCAGAUUGUCAAGGAAAUUAUCUCGCUUACAAUGUUUGGCAACUAUUAAUUUAUCAAGCACACGCAGACAUGCCCCUUCAGAAAGCCUUAAAACGCUCCGUCUCACUCUUUUUCUACCUCUGCCUCCCUCUAUGCCUCUAUUUUUCCCACUUACUUGCACAAUGUACACUUGUAAAAAGGAUUCCAAAAGGGUUCUUCGGCUGUCCCCAUAAGAGAAUCCUUUUUGGUUCCAGAUAGAACCCUUUUUGGUAGAACUCUUUUGGGUUCCAUGUAUAACCUUUUUUACAGAGGGUUCUACAUGGAACACAAAAGGGUUCUACCUGGAACCAAAAAGGUUCUACCUGGAUCCAAAAAGGGUUCUUCAAAUGGUUCUCCUAUGUGGUCAGCCGAAGAACUCUUUUAGGUUCUAGAUAGGAACUGCUUACCCAAUGAACUUCCCAUGGUCACUUUCUACUUCAGGGUCAUUGUAGUGCUGUUAACAAUUAGGUUUGGAAUGCUUUAGACUCCUAUAUUUAAGACAACCUAGCUAUUCUAUCCUGUUUAUUCAAGAAUUUAAGGAAUGCUGCUCACCCUCAGUAUUCCAUCAAUGUCAGAUUCCUAACUUACUACACAUACCUUACAUUCAGUUAUGUGCCUGUACCUUUAGUGAAUGUACAUGAGACAAUGUUAUCUAACAUAAUGGAAGAUUAACAGGUUUAUCCUCACAAUAUCUAAUUUGAUACAAAUAUAUUUAAUCAAAGAAAGGUUUAAUGUCAAGAAUUUAAUGACAUUCUUUGUUUUUCUCCAUAGAUGUAGAGCACAUGACCAUCGAUUGGCUCACUGGCAACUUCUACUUUGUGGACCGUGUAAGCGACAGGAUAUUUGUUUGCAAUCGUGUUGGGGACACCUGCGUCACCAUUAUAGAUUUAGAUCUGACCAAUCCUAAAGGAAUCGCUGUGGAUCCACUUAUG